GGGGAAUAAUGAUUAUUAUUUCAUGGUGACACGGUGAGUUGUUACCAGUCUUUUGUGCACUUAGUUUCUGGAUAAUCAACUUAUAUUUAUCCAGCUACCCUGGCCUCUCUCGUCUCCCGCGAGGGUUCAACCCCUAUACGGCAGAAAGGAAGUUUGACGGUCUGGACUACCUGUGAGGUAGCCUCCAGGCUAAAGGAGGCAACCGAAAUAAGAACGAACGCCCGCUGUACUCGUCUCUAUGUCCUAUCAAGUGGCGUCAUGAUUGUUGCGUGACGUUAUUAUGACCUAUUAUGAUUACCUUUGUUUGAGCGUGGUGUCAGCGGUAAGCUUGCAUAAUCUGGAAUAAUCGUUCAUCAGGGAUAUCAUGGCUUCUCAAAUCGUGCUGAUCUCUGGUUGUUCUAGCGGCAUAGGACUCGCUACAGCCGUGUUUCUCGCUAAAGAUGCUGACAAACGCUUCAAGGUUUACGCCACCAUGAGAAAUCUGGCGAAGAAAGGACAACUGGAGGAAGAAGGAAAGGACUGUCUUGGAGACACAUUGAUUAUCAAACAGAUGGACGUGUGUAGCGAUGAAUCAGUCGAAAAAGCUGUAAAAGAAGUGCUGGACGCUGAGGGAAGGAUUGAUGUGUUGUUCAACAAUGCCGGCAGUGGCUUUUUCGCGGCUUCAGAAUUUGUCCCUAUCAGUGUUGCUCAAGACAUGUUCAACGUGAAUUUCUUUGGCACUCUCCGCUUAAUCAAGGCAGUGUUACCCAGCAUGAAAGCGAGGCAAAGCGGGCACAUCAUCAACAACAGUUCUGUGUCGGGGAUUAUGGGUAUCCCUUUUCUGGAAAUUUAUUCAGCGUCAAAGUUUGCUGUUGAAGGGUUGAGUGAAUCAUUGGCUCCGCGUCUACAACAGUUUAACAUCAGGUGUACGAUAAUUGAAAUAGGUCCUGUGGACACCCAGAUCGCACAAAAUGCUCAAGACUGGACCAAAACCCUAGAGGAGCCUGAUGAGAAAACGAAGGAGUUAAAGAAGAUAUGGGAUGGAAAUUUCGUGGCCUUGUGCAGUAAGAAGAUGGACUGCUAUGAAAUAGCAGCCAUAAUCCAAGAGAUAAUUCUUGGCCAAAACACCAAAUUCCGCUGUUACACACACGCCGAGUUUAUGGCUGGUGCACUUGCCGCCAAGGUCAAAAAUUCUGCCACGAAUGAGCCUAUUGAAAUUAUGACCAAACUGGUGUUUGGAAAACGAGAGGAUGAGAAUUAAAAAGAUGAACCUUUUCAUUCCAAGAUCGAAAGACUAAUUUUUCUUUAAUACAGAUAGGUUUAGUUACAGUUUAAAGUGAUUUAUGCUCUUUCUUUCAUAAUAGGCCGUUUCCGAAUUACCUUGUGCCUCUGUUUCAAAACGAGGCCUCGUGAAAAACCUUUCAUAUGAAAAUGAGUUUGAUUUCCAUGAAAAUAAACCUGUAGGACGAAAACAUUUUUAUAUGACCUUGGCUCCUCUGCUUGAUUGGUAAUAUGUAGAAGAUGAUUACUGAUGAUUACUGGUGGAAAGUUCAGCUGCAUGUUGCAACUGAACUUUGCAACUCAGUUGCAUGUGCAAUUAUUUAAACACUCAGGGUCUUUAAAUAAUUGAGGAGAAAGUGCUGCCUUUGUAAUGACAUCUGCAAAUGG